AAGCUGUACGUCGACGACGAGCGAAUAUCCGGUGCGGGCGGUGGUGCGGACCGAGGCCGUAAAACGACUGCAGGAGAAUAACUACCGCGCCGUCGCUGCAACUCCGUCAUCUUCAUCAUCGUACUAAUAUAAAAUAAUAUUAUUUAUCCAAUAAUAAUAAUAAUGUUUCAUAUUUAUCACAAAGGUACGCCUCCGUUGGUAACGUUACACGGAUUUCGUCAUAAUAUUAUUAGUACAUACGUGCGGCGCACCAGCCCGUUAUAAGUUACAACAUUAAGAAAAACAAUAAUAAUUAAUACAUGUAAUAUUAUUAUUAUUAUUAUUAUGAUAUCGUCGUAGUAUGCGCGAGUCAGUGUACGCGAUUUCUACCACUGCGGCGACGGCAAUAACGCGUAAAAAUCGAAAUUUUCCGUGAAAUAUAUUAUUAUUAUUAUUAUUAUUAUCGCCUCGCGCCCAAUACGACGACGGCGGCGACGACGACGACGCCCGCGAACGCGUUGUAUAGUGUGCCGGCGGUGGUGCGUUAAUCGCUGGCAAACCGUCGUGUAGUAUAAUAUUAUAUUAUAGUGAUCAUAACACGAGUCCGCGGGCCUUAUCGUACACGUUGUCGUCUUAGCCGCUUUUGUCAGUGUUGUCGUUGUCGUCGUCGAAAUAUCCAUUAUCGGUUGGUUCGUCGCGUUCGUUCUGGCAUCGUCGUCGCGACCGGGCGAUGGCCACAAGCGGUUUCCGGGCCUGCCGUCGCCGCCGCCGCCGUCGUAACGCGAUCCGACAAAACAGCUGUCCGCCCGCCGACGUCGUCGUCGACGGACACGUCCCAAACAGGUACGUCGUCUGCAAACGUCGUUCCAUCGUCGCUGCCGCCGCCGUACCGAGUAACUUGAGGAACGAAUUCCCAUGUUUAUAAACAUGACGAAUUUAAUUCAGUAGAGCUGGCACUGUGUACCCUAACGCAUCCAGUGAUAACAUCAUUUCUUUUUCACAUGGAGAAUAUCAGCUGAAAAAUACAAGAUGUCUUGACAAUGACGCCAAUGGCGGCAAUAUGAGACCCUUACCGCCGGGUCAAGAUGGAGUCGACUACUGUAAAAUCCGCAGAGACCGAAACCACCACCACCAUCACCACCACCAUCACCACAACAAUCACCACAGCGUUGGCGGCAGCAGCAGUGGCGGCACGCUGCGCCGGUCGUCGGCAUCGUUGCUGGAACCACCGUCUCCCGCCGAACGGUACCACGGCACCAUCGAGGGCCAUUACCGUUUGCAUGACCUGGCGCUCGACCGGUACGUCCCACCGCCGUCCCCCGAACGGUACUCAUCGGGCGCAUCGUCGACCGGCCGGUCGUACCAACAACACCACUCCCAACAACAACACCAUCACCAGCAGCAUCCGCCGGACGAUCGGUACUCGUCAUCGUCGUCGUCAUCGUGUCAUGGCACCGCCGCCGGAACAGGAAGUGGCAGUGGCGGCGGCGGCCGCAACCAUUAUCUUCCGGUAUCGCAGAGCACGUCUGAAAGCUUCAUGUCACCGCCGUCACCGGUGGCCGAACGGUUCGACUAUGCCGCGCGUCACCACGAUAGUUAUGCCACCGCCGCCAAACGAAACGAAUCCGCUUAUUCCAGAUACCACAUACCGGCUGAGAGGUUUGUUCCGAUUGUUUCUCCUGACGAUGGUUACGACGGCCACUACGACCGGUGUGACGACGCGGCAUACAGCUCCCGGAAAGAGGCAGCCGCGUUGUACUCGAGGGCGUCGGCGAUCGUGGACGCGAUGCCUUCUUCGGCGGCCGCGCUGUCCAGGGCGUACGCGACAGCCACCCUGAGGCCGUCGAACCGCUGCUGUACGGGGCCGCUGUACAGUGGCGGUGGCAGCGGUGGCGUGGGAAGCAGCGGCGGCGGCGGCGGGUGUGGUUACCAGUACGGCACCGUCGGUCGGUCGCGGUCGCCCAGGGACCUAUCGCCUUCCGGACUGGUCAGGCAGCAAGCCACCCACUUGUCUUCCACAGGGUCGCCGCCAAAAGGUCCGCCGAACAACAACAACGGUGGCAACAACAUCAACAACAACAACAGCGCGUGCCUGGUCCAGUAUGACGCGCACUCGGCCACGCUGCCCCGGUGUAGUAGCGCCAACGUGGUAUGUGCCGGACAAAACAGUUACGACGAACCGGCGGCCACUAGUUACGGUGGCUCUCACGCGGCCACGCGCCGCAUAUCGUCGUCGUGCAUCAGGGAGAGCUCGGCGCUGGCAUGCUGUUCGACGGCUACUUAUACCGGCCACGCCACACUGUCCGGCGUCAAGAGCGCGGCGGCCGCGACGUCAACGGCUACGACGACGGCCACGUCCACCCCGUCGGCCGUCGCCGCGGCAGUAGCAGCAGCGGCGGCGGCGGCGGCAACUUCCACACCAUCCACUACCACCCAAGCUUCCGGCAGCGGAAGUGCCGGUGGCAACAACAACAACAACAACGCACACUGUCCUCCGGCUCAACCAAACAACGCUUCUUGGAAACCUGGGUUUGCCAAAGGGUUGACUAUUCAAGCUCAAACAAACUCAAGAUCUCCACCACUCUCCAUAACUUCAAGCCCUGGAUCUAUUCAAUCAUCUAGCAGUUCAAGCAGCGGUGUCCAUUCGGCUCCACCAAAUAUGGAAUCUGGGGCUGAACGAAAAUAUGACCCUCCUUUUAGGUCCAUGUCGGCACCUGCACCCAGUAAUUCACAACCAUCAUCUUCAUCCACUGAAGUGACAACUGAUAAUUCUGAGGAAACUGCUAGUACAUGUACAGUACCUGCCAACAGUAGUGGUUCAGACCAGCCAAAUAGUCCUCCAUCAGAAACUGUUUAUCAACCAAAGCACAUACACCAUCAAACGUCUUUACCAAUUUUAUCUUCAAAUAUAUUAAAUAAACCUCGAACAUUUCAUAGAUCCACGUCCAAGACAGAAGCUGUAAAAAAUUUCAUUAAGAGAGAAACAGCUAUGUUUUUUGGACUUGAUGAAGAAUUUGAGGAAACUGAAAAACUUAAAUGGUUAGAUAGAAGAAAACGUUUAGCUACUAGAAAAUAUGGAGAGUUGAAAAAUGAAUACAUUAAUUCUGUAAAUGAAAUUCCCAUAACUCAGAUUGCACAGCCGGAUGUAUUACAAUCUAGUCGAGAUAUUGAUGAACGAGAUAGUGCCAACCGUGUUCAACCUUUAGGAAGGAAACCAUCCGUUGCUAAAUUAACAUUAAGCGGAUUAUCUUUUGUUGUUUCGAAGACACUUAGUCGUAAAAAAAGAGUAAUAACAACUCCGAAUGAAUGGUCUCGAAGUUAUCCCUCGUCUGUCACAUCUGAUGCUCCAACAAUUUUAUCGCAUAUGGCUGAUGAUGUGUUUUUUGAUCGACUCUCCUCGGAUAACGGCGACCAAGGAAUAGAACAAGAAGUCGUGGAUUCUGGUGGAAAUUAUGAAAGUUCAAUUAGACAACAUUAUAAAAAACCACAUCAAAGUUUCAGAAGGUAUUCUAGCUGGCAAAGAAAUCCAUCAAGAAGAGUUGAAGAUGAUCAUAUGCCAAACAUUGGUAUGGGUAGAAUUUGGGGCAGAGUAUUGGAUAGAGCAUUUGAUAACUCUGAUAGAAGGCAGUAUGGAAUGGGUUUUAUUGGAAGAGUAUGCAGACGUUCUUUAAAUAAAACAGUAGUAAACAGAAGGGAUGUGAAACAACAACUUGAUGAUUUAGAAGAUCACAGGCCAUUUUUUACUUAUUGGGUGACAGUAGUUCAAAUUUUGGUGCUAUUCUUAUCAAUAUUUUCAUAUGGUCUUGGACCUUUUGGUAUUGAUCUCAGUCACCAAUCUGGUGCUGUCAUGGUUACAAGUUUAUCCGUACAAAUCAUUGAAUACAUAGAACCUUCUAAUUUUUGGAUAGGACCACGAGCGGCGGAUUUAAUACAUUUGGGAGCUAAAUUUGCCCCUUGCAUGCGAAAAGAUAAAAACAUAAUGAAAGAAAUUGAAAAAUGGCGAGAAAAAGAAAGAGAAACCGCUUGUUGUAUAAGAAAUGAUGAUUCUGGGUGUAUUCAAGCGUCAAAAGAACAGUGCACAUUUUUAAUACCAUCUCACAAACGUCUCACGGAUUGGGGUGGCGGUAGUGGUGGAGGAGGAGGAGAAGGAGAUAAACCACCUUCGACUUCAAUUUCUAAGUGGAAAAAAUGGUCAGAAGUUGAAUCAGGACCAGGAGGAAGAAUAUCUGGUUCUGUUUGUGGUCUAGAUCCCAAGUAUUGUGAAGCUCCUGCAUCUAUAGCACCAUUUGAAUGGCCUGACGAUAUAACAAAAUGGCCAAUUUGCCGUAAGAUGAGCGGUCGAGGUAGUGCACGACAUAGCAGUUGGGGUAGUCCAUUGAUUCAGAAACUGACAUCUGCUGAACACAUGAUUUGCGAAGUGAUAGGACACCCUUGCUGUAUUGGAAUACAUGGCACUUGUCGAAUAACUACAAGAGAAUAUUGUGAUUUUGUACAUGGUUAUUUUCAUGAUGAUGCUUCGUUAUGCUCUCAAGUUUCAUGCCUAAAUGAUGUGUGUGGUCUCAUACCGUUCUUUUCUCCUGAAAUUCCUGAUCAAUUUUAUAGAUUGUGGAUAUCACUUUUCAUACAUGCUGGUAUUCUUCAUUUAGCAACAACAAUUGUAAUACAGUAUUUUUUGAUGAGAGAUCUAGAAAAAUUGACUGGCUCUUUAAGAAUAGCUUUAAUCUAUUUGGGUUCUGGAGUGGCAGGUAAUCUUGGCAGUGCAAUAUUUGUGCCUUAUAGAGCUGAUGUGGGUCCAGCCGGUUCCCAAUUUGGCCUUUUGGCGUGCCUUAUAGUUGAAGUAUUGAAUUGUUGGCCUAUGUUAAAGAGGCCCGAGCAGGCUCUUUCAAAACUAUUAGCUAUCACAUUCCUGCUGUUUCUGCUCGGGCUACUGCCUUGGGUGGACAACUUUGCACAUCUAUUUGGUUUCAUUUUUGGAUUCUUAUUGUCUUAUGCAUUGUUGCCAUUUGUUUCAUUUGGACCAUACGACCGUCAGAAGAAAAUCUUCCUGAUCUGGGUGUGCCUGUUAUCUGCGUUGUUCCUGUUCUUGUUGUUGUUGUUACUGUUCUACCUGAUACCAAUGUAUGAUUGCGAAAUGUGUAGCUAUUUCAAUUGUAUACCCAUAACUAAAGACUUUUGCGCCAAUCAGAAUAUUAAUUUUAAAAAAGAUGAUUAUACGGUAUGACAAAUGUGGUGGCGACGGUGCAAGACCGCGCAUACGUUAGUGACGACAUUUGCGAAUUGUUUUGUGACUUUAGCCACCUCCUGUAAAAUGCUUGAGGUACUCGUUGAUAUUUAUGCUCCCUUUUCAGUGGUAAAAAGGAAGAAUAAUAAACAUAAUAAAAUUAUUAUAGUUAUUAAGAAAUUUACUUACUCAGUUUCAUGUUAUUGUGCAAAGAAAUCGUUAAAAAAAAUCAAAUUGUAUUGUUUCUAAUAAGUUAUUAUAUUAUUUACAUUAAUAAUGUAAUAUGUUACAUAUUAGUAUUGACUGAAUUAUUUUAUUAGUAUUUUAUCGUUCAAGUGUGAGGGAUAGCUUAAAAGUCAGUGAUAAAUUAUAAUGUUAUGGUUUUCAAUUUUAAAUAUAAGAAAAUUAAUUUAAAAUCAAUUUGGUGAAUUUAAUGACUUAUUGAUUGAAAAUUGUAAUGUACUCACUUUUUAGCCAAUAUUCUAAAAUGUUCCUUUUUAGAUUACAUGUCAUUUAAUAAAUAAUAAACAUUUUUGACUUAUUAUAGAAUGAUUAUUCCCCAUUUGUGGUAAUAUCAUUAAAAAAGUGGUACAUGUUUAUUGUUGCCCUGCCAUGGUACCACCACACCACCAAGGCUUUAGUAAUUCAAAUUUUUUUAUAUAAUAUGAUAAAACUAUCAAAAGUAAAUAAUAAUAAUAUAUUGUUUACAAUUUAUUAUAGCACAUGACAUUUAAUAAUUUAUCAUUACACUUAAACACAAAAAAUAGGUAGUUAAUUGAUUUCCAAAUGAUCCUAUUAUUUUUUUUUUUUUACAAUUUGUCAGUGAAUUUAUAUUAUAAUUCAUACACCACCAAGGCUUUAGUAAUUCAAAUUUUUUUAUAUAAUAUGAUAAAACUAUCAAAAGUAAAUAAUAAUAAUAUAUUGUUUACAAUUUAUUAUAGCACAUGACAUUUAAUAAUUAAUAAUUUAUCAUUA